CGCUGCUGCCGGGAGCGCGCCGCCGUCGCCUGGCUUGGCUUGUCUGGGGCCCUGAGAGGUCGCAGGAGGAGCGCUCGGGAGCGGGGGGGGGGGGAUCUGAGCGGGUCGCAAGCCAGUGGGAAUCCCGGGGAUCCUUCGCUUGGGAAACGGAGGGAUCUCCAGCCCAAGCAGCUGGCGGGUGGACGUUGGCGCUGUAGGAAGAGGCGGAAGUGAGUGACCUGAAAUGGCACCAUUAAGGUGCGAGCUGUGACCUUGAAAACCAGGGACAAGUCUGGGCAUGACUUUCAUCAUCCAUUGAUGUUGUAAGGAACUCCGCUGCAAAGAGAGCCGUGAGACAAGGGCUUGGCCAGAAUCAUGCUGCCUGCUCAGCUGGGACCAAACACAAGGCAGCGCUGGCAGAAAGUGUUGUAUAAAAGGCAGCCCUUUCCUGAUAACUAUGUGGACCAGAGUUUCCUAGCACAGCUAUGCAAGAACAUUCAUGCCCGCAAGUACCAGUACUGGGCAGUGGUGUUUGAGUCCGGAGUGGUCAUACAGCAGCUGUGCAGUGUCUGCGUCUUUGUCGUCAUCUGGCGGUACAUGGAUGUGGGGCUGCUGGCUCCCCAGUGGUUAUUUGGCGCUGGCCUGGUGUUUUCCUUGAUUGGUUACGUCCUUUUUGACGCACUGGACUCAGGAAUGGGGAGAAACCAGAGUGGCCAGACGCGUUGGGCAGAUCUGAAAAACACGGUGGUGUUUGUGGCCUUCACCUACGGCUUCUCCCCCGUGUUGAAAACACUGACCGAGACCAUCAGCACAGACACGAUUUACGCCAUGUCUUUUCUCAUGCUCCUGGGACACCUGAUCUUCUAUGACUAUGGCGCCAAUGCUGCCAUUGUUUCCAGCACUCUGUCCCUUAACAUGGCCAUCUUUGCCUCGGUCUGCUUGGCCUCGCGGCUGCCUCGCUCCUUGCACGCCUUCGUCAUGGUGACAUUCGCUAUCCAGAUCUUUGCCCUGUGGCCCAUGCUGCAAAAGAAGCUCAAAGCCCAGACUCCCCGCUGCUAUGUUGUCGCCACUUUGCUCUUUGCUCUGUCUGCCUUGGUGGGCCUGCUGACCAUAUCCAGCGUUGGCAUGGUUCUCUUUGCCCUUCUUCUCGUCUCCAUCUCAUGCUUGUGUCCUUACUGCCUCAUCAAGCUGCAGCUCUUCAAAGACAACAUCCACGGGCCUUGGGAUGAAGCUGAAAUCAAGGAAGACCUCUCCAAGUUCCUCAUGUAAAGCAGGCCAGGCCCUAAGAAAGGCAGCUGCUGAUGCCAAAAUAAAAGCAUCUCCUCUGAGAUACUGGGGCCUUGUGAAUAGGUGUGGGCAGGGCCGGCUCUAGGCCCGGGCUGGGUGGCGCAAUGCGCCAGGGCGCCUGGCCACCAGAGGCACCAAAGGGGCGCCGAACGGCUGGUGUCCGGCUGAGCGCGGCAGCCAGGAGCUCCAUGCCAGGCGGCAAAAGCUUUCUCUCCUCUUCUUGCAGAACCAGCGAGACUACUGCCUAGAGUGGCAGCAGGCGCGUGGUGCUGGAUGUGCUUAAGACGGCAGUGGGUCAGUUAAUUCUACCGUUUAUUACUGCAGAUCAUGGCAGAACUAUAAAAGGUUGAAAUAGCCUAAAAGGACAAGAGUGACCCUGCUACCAGCCUUGUCUCCUGAAAGGCAUUCAGGCCUCUUCUGAGUUCCUCACACCCUGCCUAAAGGUCAGCACAUGCUGAUUUCAUUACCAGGCACAUUCUGUUCAUCCCCUGCAUGAAGACCAUCAAAAUAAUGUCAGGGUAAUUUGAAGGCAGAGAGCAGACAAAAGGGAACCCGCUCAGUCACAGCCUGCUAGAAGGAGAGUCUUCCAAGCUCUUAAUUUGCAAGAUGGUGAUGUGAUAAAUGGGCAUGAACUCUGGGAGUUGCUCACCUCAAAGCCUCCUCCCUUCUCCAUGAAGGAAAAGGGUAGCCAGUGGCUCUCCUAGCUCCCACAAGGACCUUCAUUCAGCACUUCCAAGGACCCAACACACAGGUGCUUAUGGACAGAUAUACUCUUCCUCCCCAACUCUCCAUUUCAUCUCUCUGUAUUGCAGGAUUUGCUGCCUGCUUACGUUGCAAUUUUGCUGUCUGAAGCAGCAUUUGUAGAUUAUGCAUGUCUCUUCCAUGUCAUAUAAUAAACCAACUUUCUCUAUCUAUUCCUUUGGUGUGAAAAUUUAACAUUCCAAGAGAGCAAAGAAGUUUUAUCUCCUCCUAUCAAGCAUAAUUUUUUUGCCCAGAUGUGGGAGGAAAAUACCCAAAGUACCCACUUCCUUUUGAAAAGAGAUGUCUUCCUACUGAGUUUGUUUACCUGUGAGUAAAUAAAAUAGCAAGAAGUGUGCAUGCAUGCAAUGAGACCCAUGUGAUGUAGCCGCAAGCCCUUUCUUCUGAGUUGUGGUCUCCCUGCUCAGAGCUUAGACAUAGCAGCACAAGACCUACAGGAACUGCAAAGGCCUUCUGCACUGUUGAGCUCCCAGCCAAUCUGAACCAUCCAAGGUACACCUGAUUUGAUCUAGAGGCCCUGAUGGAAGAAGCUCAGCGCCUGAGGUCUGCCACCACAGGAGUCCCUUUAGUGCUUAGCUGCAUCCCUCAAGGAUUAGAACCCCCCCCCCAAUCCUGUGCACAGAACCCACUCCCCUUUUUUCACUCAUCUCAUAUUAAGUGAAACAUAAUCACCUAGAGUGGGAAACUUAGAUCCCAUGGUAUGCACUUUUAGAUUCCUAUGUAAACCCCUCCUCAAGGUGUCCAGACUGAGGGAUAUGAAUAUAUUUGGGUUCAAAUUCUGUGGGGCGGGCAGGGAAGAACAUAAGUGCCAGAGAACAGCAUGUGGCUGUUUCUCCUUCCACCCAGGGUUCUAUUUUAGAUAAUGUUAUUUCAAAAAGAAAGAAAGAAACAUAACCACAAUUGGAGGCAAAGGCACAUUUGAAUGUUAUUUCUUGAUUUAAAUUCUCUUUCAAAAAUGCAUAUUAUGCCCAUAGGGAUCUGAUAGUUUAUCCAUGGUUUUCACAGGAGUUUCAUGUCUAACCUUACAUGAUAGGCUUGGGGACAGCUAUGGUCUGCUAGGCUUGUCUAUUCAAAAAAGAAUUUAUAAAAGAAUAUUCCUAUUUCCUUAGCUCUGUUUCUUGUAUAAUUUCAUUACUGGGUAUGUUGCGCUAAGUGGAAGAAUUUAGUAUAAAUCUUGGGCAACAUUACCAGUUUCUGAAUGGGUGAGCUGAAGGGUUUUUAUCACUUCUUAAUUGCUUUUUUCCUUAAAAAGCGCUUAAGGCAGACUGCAAAGAUGAUGUGUUUUUAAAAAAGCCCAAUACUGUUCCUGCAGAACAAUUCACAGUGGGGCUGCCCUGCAAUCCACCAUCCAAGAAUUCAGAAGGCCCAUGAACUAGGUAAGGUUAUUUUAAGGAUUACUGUUAAGAACAGGUAGCUGUACAGUGGAUAUAUGAGCAGCUCUGGAGGGUGGAAAUAUAUUGUGGGUGGGAAAGAAAGAGAGAGAGAGAGAAGGUCCCACUUUUGGGUAACUGUUCCUUCAACGUCCAAUGCACUGAAGUAACAGCAGCAGGGGGAGCUCCAAUAUCCUUCAAAGCGACUGGAUGAAUGAAAUGGAAAUAAAGCUGGAGUGGAAUGUGCCUGUUUUGGCAAGGCAGCCCCCUCCCCAAUUCAGGAGCCUCAGGCCCUUUGUCAGGGAGAGGAGAGAGCAGCACUCUGCACAGGACGUCGCCUCACUUGAGACCUAGAAACCUUCUGAAAAAUUACGUAGAGGGCACGGAAAACUUCCAGGCACAUCUAGCAACCAGAAGGAGACUCAGAAGUUUUCCUGAGACUAGUUUUCUGAUGGGUUUACUGGACUUUUACUUCAAAAGCAAAGACCAGACCAGAACAUUUGUAACAUUGAAGUUGUUUCCACACGAGUUGGCUGUUUGUGUGAAACUGCCAGCUUUGUUAAUAAUAAUAAUAAUAAUUUAUUAUUUAUACUGCGCCCAUCUGGCUGGGUUUCCCCAGCCACUCUGGGCGGUUUCCAACAGAGAUAUUAGAAUACACAAAUUUCUUAAAGAUUAAAAGCUUCCCUAAACAGGGCCGCCUUCAGAUGUCCUCUAAAAGUCUGGUUCAUUCAUUAACAGCAGGGAAUCCGAGUGACUUUGCUGCCACCCCUCUGCAUUUCAGAGUUUAAAGUGUUGUCUUCUUUACACAUGGCAUAGUGUAUUUAAAAUAGGGAAAUUCAAUUGUAUGCCAGCAUAUCCAGUGUGAACGGGCAAAGGGCUUUUGAGGCUGAGGGAACCGGACACCAUGUCUUUUAAUUGGCAGCUUUCUCCCUGAAGCUGUCACCUUGCUGCACAGCUUCGGUAGUUUAUUUGCUCGUUGUUAUUUCUCAUUUAUAUUUAUUCAUUUAAAAUAAUGUCACAUUUUCUUUCCAUUUCCCCCCAAAACUAGACCCGUAGUGGUCUACAUAAAAUGUAUUAAACAGCCAUAAAAUUUGUAAUAAUUUGUGCAAUUUGUAAUCACCUCGCUUAAAAAUUUUUUGUGGUAGUAUGAGGGAUGAAGACAACUGUUUUGGGGUUGGCUUUCUUGUAACAUAGCUUUGUCAGAACUUUAGCAAGACAAAACUCCUUCAAGGUAAUUGUGGGUCUGGGGACAGACUUCCUCCAAAAUUUCAUUCCACAUCAGCAGGGUAAUUCCUCCCAACUAAGGCAUGGACAUGAAUAGCUGCAGACACAGCAGCUGCAGAGAGCAGCACAUAAACACAGGUUCUGGUCCACGAGCGGCUGUCCUUCUUGGCAGGUGGCAAGAGGAGGCGCUCCCCAGGUGAGUGGCGCCCCCUGUGGGCAGAAGCAGGGCAACUUGGGAGCCGGGCUGCUGCCUGCCCAUAUUUUGUGGCUAUGCUCUCACUCCCUGGGCCGCAAGGGCAGCGUCACAGGACUCCCAAACAGGUUUCGCAAACGUGGCAAUGUGGAGAACUGAAGAUAAGGCAGGGACCCUGUGGCGCAAUGGGUCAGUGCACCCUGCUGUGGACCAGAAUGUUGGUUUGAGUCCACUGAGGGGUGGCUUUGGGCAGGAUUCCUUCACUGCAGCAGGUUGGACUAGAUGACCACCAUGGUCCCUUCCAGCUCUAUGAAAGGGAGAAAUGGAAAUGGACAGAUUUGCCCAUCCCUAUCUCCAAGCAGGGCUAUUACGAAAAGAACCGAUGGGUUUAGAGGCUCGCCUUUUUUGGCCCGAGGGGAACGCACAUGCUUCACUCAUGCUCUGGGGUCACAAGCAGCACCUGUACCCCCAGGAGGGGCUGCAGCCUAUGGAAGAGCCCAGGUACCUCAGAAGCUGAACCCAGAGCAGGGCUUUUUGUGUGGCUGCCCCUGUUCUGUCGAGAUAUGGCCAGUGACCCGUCUGCGCUUUCUGGAAACAGCUGAAUAAGCUUAUGUUCUGACAGGGUUCCCCAGCUGGAGAAACGGGUCUUUAGUAGGAUCCUAUGCAAUCAGACUUUUCUCAUUCAAGCGAUGAGAAAUUAUGUUCUCCCUGUGUGGCUGCUGAAAGUAUGUGGAAAAGUAGGUGUCAGAAGGAAAACACGCCACCAAACCCAAGCAGAGCACUGCAGAAACGUUUAAAAAACGAAGGGAAAAGCAGUUUCAGAAAGAGUGGGAGAUAAGAUGGUCCAGUUCCAAUUCUAACUGACUAAAGGAAAGUUUAUAUAAAAACAACCACUUGGUUAGUGACUCAUGAGGAAAGAAUCUAUCCUUUUUCUUAAGGGAAGCCCUUGGAAAUAACAUGACUAAUAAGAGGACUGAUCUUGUCUAACUGGCCACAAGUUAAAUUUGACAGCAAUUUCAUCUUAAAAUAUAUACAUAAUAUGCCU